AUCAUUGAUGAUUCAGUUAAGGCAGCAUGCAAUGUGGGAAUGACAUUGACACAGGAAACUAUCUUGAAGUUUCCAGAGUUUUUUGAAGCUUCAAAUGCAGGGUUCAAUACAAAUGAUUCAGAGAAUCCAGCUUCAAACGUUGUUAAAGAUGUGACGAAUGGGGAGAAGCCUACAGAAUGUGUCUCAAACGUUGUUACAGAUGCAACUCCACUAAGGUCAGUGAUGCCAGAUGAAAUAAUUAACUUGGACAAUGUGCAAACAGUCACGACAAAGAAAAGAAAGAAGCAUAAUAUGCUUUAUUCUGAUAGCACAUACCCUGAGCGUCGACGUGCAGUGAAGAAAUCGAAGUACCUUGACAGCCCGUAUGAUGACGCUGUCCACGAGUCUACUGCAACUGAGUUGCAGAAAAAUUUAUCAACAUAUGCAUGAAGCUCGGAG